AUGGCCGGCUUCCUCGCGCUCUGGCGCUCCGCCGGCGUGCCGCGGUACCUCGCGGUGUUCCGGCAUUUCUUCCUGCUGUCCGUCCUCAACCACAAGCACAGAAAAGGCUGGUACUUUUUCCGACCCAGGGAGGGCACCGGCUUGCGCUUCACGGGGAUGCCCAACCCGACCUCCAUUGCUAUCAAGGACUGGAAGCGCGACCGGUGCUCACCGCUCAGGAAAACAAAUCGGCGGCCAAGUUGCUGCGCGUUUACGGGGGCGUCUCAGCAGCAGCAACCUUGCCGCCGCCAUGAUAGCGACCACUGCAUCCCCGCCGCCGCCGCCGCCGCCAUCUACUCCUACUACUCCCAGUUCCAAAGGCAUGGAUCCCGCUGUCCACGACAUGAUAAAGGCUAUGCUCGCGGAGAAGGCGGCCGCGCAAGCAUCGGCGUCAGCGUCGGCCGUGAAAGCCGAGCCGGGCAGCAACGCAGCUUUGUGCGGGGAGAAGAGGGGUCUGGAGGAAGUGUUUGCGGCCAAGGCGGCCGCGCAACGAAGAAGAGGAUUCGGGAGGAAGCUAGGGGCAAGGAGGAGGUUCCGCCUCUUUCGGCGCUGAACACGCCGCUUUCCAGCGUGUGGUCGCCACCGCCGGGCUUCUCCGGGAAGUCACAGCACAUUCCCAGCAGGCACGACGGAGAUAGCGCGGACUGGAUGGCUGCACGUGAGCUGCUCCAGGGCGCCGUCGCGCCGCCGCUGGAGCGCGCGUUCGCGGCGAACGCGCCUUCCGAGGUCGUCAAGUCGACCUACGCUGCGAUUCUGCAGGCCGCGAACUACGCGUCGUUCUCCUUCCGCCACGCGCUGGAGCUGGAGGAGAAGCUUGCUGGCAGGGAGCGCAAGGCCGCGGCGCUGCGGGAGCAGCUGGAGGAGGCAAAGCCGAGCUCGCAGCGGCGAAGCAGGCGGCAGAGGAGGAGCAGGCAAAGGCGAGGGACGAGCUGGAGAAGGCCAAAGGCGACGCUGCCGUGGCGAAGCGGGCUGGGGAGGCGCAGGCCGAGCUCGCCGCGGCGACGGCGGAGGCGGUGAAGAAGGGGGCCGAGCUCGCCGCGCUGAAGCGGGCCGCGGACGAGGCGGCGGCGGUGCAGCAGCUGCUGGGGCCCGAGGAGCGCGUGCGGCGGCGCGCGGAGCACGCGCUGGAGGCGUACGAGCGCUGGCGAGGCCGUCACGCUCCGGCCGGUCGUGUUGCUUGAGUGGCUCGAUGGAUCUUUUGGAAUUUGAGAAAUUUCUAGACGACUCCUCGGCACAUCGCUAGACAUGAGGAAUAAAUAAUUUGGUCGAUCGAUUC